AUGCAUUUCCGGAUUCUAAGCUGCCUCGCCGCGGGACUGGCAAUUGUCUGUACUCACACAGUAAAACAAGCCGUUUCUAUUGGCCUACGAAACGGUAUGAACGCUCAUUUGGACGCCAGUAGUACGGUCACCUCCGAACUCCUUUUUAAAGACCCCAUGCAGGAUGGGCUGGCGGUGGAUGGCAUUACCCUGGAUCAGCACGAUAGCAGUGCUUUCCUGCAAAUGAACGAGGAAGAGUUUGGGAGGAUUGAUAGGAGGAUGAAGCCAUGUUUCCAGUCAAAGGACGGACAAGCCUGCGGCGGAAGAGUAUCAGAAGCAGACUACCCAGGGGGGCUGCACUGCCCUGCUGGAUUGUGUUGUAGCAAAACGGCGACGCAGAAUCGGUCUUCUGGCAACUGGUGCUCUAGCAGCUGGGCCUCCUGCUGGAGUUUUUUUGUUUAUACCUCGAGGUAUUCUUAUGGUACUUGCAAAUGCAAGAGGUACGCGAGCAGGUGCCCGGAGGAUUCGACAUGUGUUGAUACAUCCUAUGGGCCUUACUGCAAGUGUGUGGAUGGCAAGGAAGAAGUUGAUGGUGGCUGCCAUUACCCCACAACCACAAGCACUACAACAACUUCAACCACUACUACAGUGACGACAACCACAUUGUUCGAAGAGGACACAGAGAGCGUUGAAUGCCGAGUUGAUGACUGCAGUCCAGGUUUCUGCAGCAUUGCGGAGAGCAGAAUUGUAUGCACGUGUGCUGGUGGCUAUACACCACGAAGGCUUAGUCCUAUCCGGGAGGAGUGCGUCUUGAUCGAUUAA